GAACUAGAGCAGUGGUACCGAAGUUAUCACGAACGUAUAGAAGCGAAUAAGCGGUCAAAUCGUGAAAACCAAAAAGCAGAAGCUAUUGCCGAGGCUAGCUCAGUAGCGAAGAGCUCUAUAUCGGAUGAGUCGAAUGCCUGCGUUUCUAACACCCCCGUCUGGGACAAGGUCUGCAACAUGUGCAACUUCCAGGUGAGUCUAUCCAACUUGUUAGUCGUCUGGCUGAGAUAG